UUGGCGGUAGCGUCCGUUGGAAAAGUGCGCCAUUUUUUUAGAUUCAGUGGAAACAGAGGCGUUUGGAAAGGUCGUUUUGCGCUGAUUCCGUGGUUCGGCGGCUGCGCGAUUGUUUCCCGGCGAAUAUAUUCGCACGCGACGAAAUUAAGCGUUGCGUCUUCAACGUCGAUUCGUUGUGCCCUGGAAGUCGAAUGAACGCUGAGGCGUAUUCUCGUGGUUCUCGUUUCCUCAAGUGUGCAUGCCGAGGCGGAGUUGGAAAAUCUGCGAGUUCCAUAAAAUUCUAACCUCGGUGAACGCUGUUUGGGUGCUACGGUUAUUUUCAUUCAAUUCGGCAAAAUGUCGGUGGAAGCGCUCAGCGAUUCCGAAUUGAGAACCAAACUCGCUGAGUACGGUUACCCGGUCGGUCCGGUCACCCAGACUACUAGGAAGAUUCUUGUUAGGAAACUUAAGAAUCUCAUCGAGACUCGCGGCGGUACGGGAUCGAGGCAUUCUUUGGCUGCCAGGUAUAGCAGCGAUGACACGGACGAUGAUGGCAGCACUGCAACACGAAAAAAGAAAACCAAUUUGCGCAGGCAGACGAUGGCAAAUCCGAUGCCUCCACCCAUGUCUUCUGCAGUCCCGUCACCUGCUCCCUCUAUUGUAUCCAGAAGUGUUGCCAAACGUAGGACAGCUACAAAGGAUCCAGAGUCAAAGAGUUUAUCAGAGUCUGAAUUUGGGGACCAUCCAUUACAAGUAUCGAAUCACUCGAUUGUAAAAACGGUACACAAAAAGUAUACAAGAGCUUAUAAUGUUUCGAGUACCACCGAUGGAUUAGAAACAGGCUCUGAUUCAGACAUUAUGGAAGAAGUAGAUAAAAAUCGGAGCCAGACCAUUCAUAAAACGAGUCCUGUUAAUUCGUAUGAACUCGGGAAGCGAGAUCAUGAUUUACCAAUUUCAGACCAGCCCUCAAAACCUUAUGAUAUGAAAUCGACAUCCUCUUAUUCUGUAAAGGAUGAUAAGUAUUCAUCACCUUCGUACAAACCAAUUAUUUCAUCUAUACAGCCAAUGAAAGAAGAUAUUUAUGUGAGAGAUAAAAGCAGUAAUGAUCCCCUUGCUAAUUUUGAAACUCCAUAUCUGUCAGAGUUCACAAGAAGACUCAGCUUACAGUCAUCAGUAAACUUACCUUCAGCUUCAAAAUCUACAGUAAGAAGUCCCACUUUACAUCGAACUUCAGCUGGCUUACCUGAAGUAAAGGAAACUGAUUCGAAUGGUCAUUUUUCUACAUUGCGAUCACUAUACCCAUUGUCUGCUUCAAGGUUUAUGAAAUCGUCCAGGUUUCGAGAUAUUGGAAGGACGUAUAAAUCAUCUGUGGGCAGUAAAGACGAAGUGAAAAAUAAUCAAAAUUUGAUCUCGGUUUUGCUGGUGGUAGUUCUGGCCCUAUUUUUUGGAAUUCUAGCUUUCGUUUACUUGGGCCUUAGUGGGAAGUCAGACAUGCCAUCUCUCACACCGGGGAACGUUCCGCGCUGCUUGUCCGACAAACCUGAUAAUAAUAAGCCUAGGGAGAACUGCGUGUAUUCAACAGAUGAAAUUCCGGCAAUGCAAUUGUUGAAGGACCUUCAACCAAUUCUGAUGCAAAAAGCUGCGGCUGCAGUCUGUGAUGAUACGAGGGGAUCGCCUCCUUAUCUAACUGACGAAGAUAUCGAAAUGCUACAACCAACGAACGUCAAAGUCAGAGAGGAUCUGAGAAAUGCUCAACUUUUGGCCUUUAAAAAUCCUGAGUGGAGGAUUUCUUUCAUUGAAUUCGAUGAAAAUGAUUCUGGAAAUGAGAAAGUCUUGGAUUCGAUGGAAAGAAUAAUUGAAGCUCGAACUAAUCAUAAACUUGGAAUGGUAAUUUUGAAUCCUAAACUACCUUUGCAGUGUUUUAUUCGGAUAAAAGUAUACACUGUGCUUUCUUACAUGCUGAUCAUAAGCCUUGGAAUUUUGACAAUUGUCGGGACUCAAAGGUUAGUACUUUGGUAUCUGAGGUACAAGAAAACCACAGAGAGAGAAGUCUUUCAACUAGUCAGCGAAAUUAUUGGAAUGGUAGAGCUGCACCAUCAAAACUCGCUGAUGGCUAAUCCUAACAACACGAAGGAGACUUAUCUUGCGAUUAAUCAUGUCCGAGACAAUCUCAUUCCUCCGGAAAAACGUAAGAAGAUGGUUCAUCUCUGGGAGAAGGCCGUCAAAUUCAUUGAUGAAAACGAAUCCAGGCUCCGAAGGGAAGUACAGCAGGUGGCGGGAGAAGAAUUUCACGUCUGGCGCUGGUUGUCGUGUAAUAGUCUUAGUCCUUCUAAUUCCCCAAUUGCUAAUAAGAAAUCCAAAGUUUGGCAAGGACAAGCAUUUGAGACAAUGGAAGGUUCUGUUAACAGCUUGACGUACUCACCUACUCCCUGCCUAAAAAUCCGGCAUAUGUUUGACCCAGACAUUGAAUUCGAGGACGACUGGGAAGUCAAAGUACAGGAUGCGAUUCUCGAAAAAUGCGGAGAAGCUGUUGGAAUUCUCCACAUUCGAGUAGAUCGCGGCAGCAGAGAAGGAUGUGUUUACAUGAAGUGUAUGUCCCAAGAAGACGCUGGUAAAGCUUAUAGAGCUUUACAUGGCUGUUGGUUUGAUGGACACUUGGUCACUGUGAAGUACCUGCGAUUGGAACGGUAUCACGAGCGAUUUCCAGAUGCCAUUCACUGCUCCAUCCCUUUAAAGCCAAGCAACAAUCAACAGCUCUCUAUGCAAGCGCACUACACGGUUUACGCUAACAAGAACAACGAUAACUGUCCUGUGCCUUGAAAUAGUGCUGUAUCUUUUUCGUGAUUAAUGAGAUCCGAUUGAUUAGGAUCUACGAGACUAUUGACCUCCUGCGCGGAACCCGAGUUCUAACAAGAAUGUAUCUUGAAGUUUGCAGAAACCAUACUCGUAUAAGUCUAGGGAUCGGUCACUAAUUAUCGUAUCACCAUGUUUUUCAUGUCCUUAGACACUACAGGGUAUCAGGAAAUUCAUAGUAAGAAGAGAAACAGCAUUAUUAUACACAGAGAUGAUCGGAGAGAUGUUUCACGUCAUUGUUUGAAAGGGAGGCACGGCCCGCUGGCGCCCUCUACACCUGUUACACCUCUGUAAAAAUUGGAACUACUUUCAAAGGGGAGAAAUCUUCGUCAUCGGUAAAACAGGGUAUACGUGGGUGCUGCGUCGUAAUCUCAAUCAUCCAAGCGUAACAACUUUAUUUGGUAUUCGUAGUCUUCUUUCCCAACCUACGUUGACCCUGAUACUAACAACGAAAAGGUGAUAACUUAAUUCUGUCGAUGCUGUGCUCUAUUUGAAAUCUGCAGACGCGUUUUUCUUUACCGAUAGAGAACAUUUCGCCCCUUUGAAAGCAGUUACACGACGCUAGGGAGCCGUGUAACUUUUCGACAAUGGCGUGAAACAUCUCCCCGUUCAUCUCUGUUAUACAUAACCCAUCGACAAUGGGAUUACAUGUAACGGGGUUAUGUUUUUUCUUUAAUAUCGAAUUAACCUGGCUCGUAAGUCAGCUAAUAAAUAAUGCUGAAGUAAAAUGGCGCAGGGUUUUCCGAAUUUCUGGAUAUCCCGUAUAUGUAUAUGUGGACUAAGCAUUCCACUUAUUUAUGUAUGACAGAGUGAAGUUCAUGUUGGGCCACGCGAUGAAAGGCACAUAUAAUUAACCCCUUGCAGUAAUUUCAUUGGUCUGACUCGCGAUAAAAAUGUUGAGUUAAACAUGAACAUCGCGAGUCAGACUCUCGUGAUCACGAUUUUUUAUGAAAAGAAUUUUUUUAAUUCGUUCUACGAGUAUCUUUCCUCUCAAUUUCGACUCGUUUUCCGAAAAUCUUUCAGGAUCACUUUAGUUCGGAUUUCCCCGGACUAAUUUGUACGGCAAGGGGUUAAGUAUAUGCGUGGCACUUGAUAUACCUUCCUUAUAUGUAUAAAAAUAAUCGAUACAUGUUUAUUAUAAUAAACUUAUGACACAUUUUCCCAGAACAGAAAUUAGAUAAUUAUAACUUCAGUGACUUGUGUACAUUUUUAGUUAUAUUCUCACUCCAAUAUCUUUAUAAAGUAGUAUCAUGUCUUUUGACGGGCGUACGGUACAACAAUGAAUGAUUCACACUUCUUUUUAAGGAAUGUUAUAUGUUCAUGUAUAUAUCGUCUAAGUUGAUAUCGCGUAAUUUUAUAUAAUGAACACUUAGUAUGUCUCCACUAUAUAGUAAUACUUUUCGGACAUUUAAGUUUAUCCUCGAGUUUUAUAAGAAACAUAACAGAUAUCAUUUCUUUAAGCUCUUCUUUGUAAACAUUAUUUUAGACCACUGACAUGUUUUAAAGCAAUGAAAUACCAGUUAGUAGAAUGUUGACAAGUCGUAAGUCUGUGUAUAUGUACUGUUUCAGGAUUUUUUCCCUUUCGUAUGUACAAAAUGUUAAUAAAUGUUGUCAGUAGCCAUCAAAAGUAUGUUCCGAGAUGGAUAUUAUCAUCUGUUAAUUUAAAAGAUAGGAAGGAUUGCGGGUAUUAACCCUUUACACUCGAUAAACGACUGCCGGUCGCUACAGGCAUCUUCGAGUACAAAUAGUUCCAAGUUUUAACGUUAGAGGACUUACGAUGUAAACUUUCUACUAGACGAAGCAUUUCUAGAAAGCGUGCAUGGCUCGUCAUCAAACUCGUCUUGUAAAUUAUAAAUCAUCCGUGCACCUAAUGAGCUAAUUUACGUAUUAACCGAAAAGGCUGUAACUGCACUUUCCAAUGGGUGUAACGAUCUGCCUUACCCUCGCGCAAUAAUGGAAAAUAUUUUAGACAAGUAUUUCAUUCAUUGAAAUAAGGAACUUUCAGAAGAAAUAUUUUCUUGUACCAUGGACCGUAAAAAGAGACGAUUACGUUUAUCUUAUUCGAUACUAAGUACAGUUACAAUCUGUUAGCGAAUAAUCGGACUAAUAUUUUUGAAGCACUGUCAAACUUGGUUAAUUUGCGGACUUAGUAAAUUGUGAUUGCAGUAGAGGAAUUUUUAUCAUCUACAUCGUUACUCCGGCUUAAAGCAAGAAUGUUUCAAUGAGUUUAAAACCAUGUACCGAUAAGGAACGUAGGCACUAUAUGAUCGUUUUCACUACGGAAUUAGGUGAUCUAAUGUACAACAAAGAACCACAUAAUUGUAACAGGAUCUGCCUUAAACAGUAACGAUGAGCACUUUGAAAUGGCCUUCCAUUUUCUUGGAUGGAAUUGUGUCGAAAAAUCGUAUUAGUUUCAUGCUCAAGCGAAUAUGCCGAAUUGUGAAUAACGCGUUGGUAGAUUAAGCCAUGUACACGCUUUAUCUUUGUCAAGGCAUCCACUAAAGUAAACUAUUAUAAGGAUCGUCCAUGUAGAUAACUGAAAGAAAAGCUGUACCUUACGCGCAUUCACCUGCGAACGCACGAAUAUGCACUUGUGGGUGCAUUGCGUAUGUUAACAUGUGUGUAUGUCACACUUGGCGGAAAUAUAAGCCCGCCACGCAUAGAAAACAAUAAAGAAAGAGGUAUCGCAAGCGAGAUUGGGAUGAUUUUAAUAGCAAGCUUGCGAUUGAUUUCCCAUGUCUGUUAUUUUAUAAAUUUUUCUAUGUGCAGCGGGCUCUAUACUUAAAUGAUAAUACACGCCUCCAUGUGAAUGCGAACGCUAAUGCAUAUCGCAUAGUUGAAAGUUAAGAUAGAACAAUUAAGAGCAAACUAUAUAUGAAACUGGCGGCUAAGUUAUGAAAUGAACUAUCAAUAAAGUACAUAUUUGUCUA